GGUCAUGUCUCUAUGGUUGUUUCUUGCUGCGUCGCAGUGCAUGGGCCUAGUCCCGCCCUGACAUCAGAAGCAAGUGGGAUGUGAAGUAGCCCACCAAGAUAGCUUUUCUUCCUCCUUGUUGCUUCCCCGGGGUCACCACCACUAAAUCCACUACGCUCGUACAAGCUUCUCCAGCCUCUAGCCCCCGCCAUCUGCCGGUCGCUCUUUGCUUCGACACUCACUCACCGUUCUUGUGAGACACUCUGCGUGGGGCACUACAAUUGUGGAAGGCACAGCUCACACACGCUCUUUCCUUCACCAGACACAAUCAGGCAUCACUACCUAAGCCCCCAGCGCGACGCGCAAGACGGCUGUGUGUACAUCAUGGCGCCUCCAACCAAUGCCGAGUCGGGUGCUUCCAAAGCAGCUUUCGAACCCCGUAACAGCGAUCACCCCGCGCUCGACCCCUCCAUCACCAACGUGCCCGUCACGCCCGGCGUGCACUUGACAGGUCAUUCGGCCUACUUUGAGCCCACUGCAGACGGCAGGAACACGCAGCUGCCUUUCGACCCGGAGACGGCUACACCUGGGCCCUCGUGGAGCGCCAACUCAUACUUUGCGAAUCAGCAGAGGGUUGACGGGGCAGCCACCCCAACUGAGGCUCGGUCUGCAAAACAACCUGCGGAGCAGUCAAACGACAUACCCAGUCCCUCCACUAAACCCGAUCUUGCAGACGUGGACCCCCGUGCUGCGCAUCCUGCACUCAACCUCAGCGGCCGGAUAAUCAGUGCUACAUUCGCUAUUCCUUACAACGUUGCACACUCUCCCGGCAACGUGUGGGAGUUGAAUCCACGACGGGGAACAUCUGCCUUGUUCGACUCCUUCUCUUAUCUGGCCUCUUCUUCGUCUCCCUGGAACCACACGCUCGUGGGCUGGACAGGCGAGAUUACAAGCGCACAGGCAGCCGCUCAGGAUACCACUCAGAUUCCAACGAACAAAGCUGCCGCCCCAAUCCCAGUCGACCCCAAGAAACCUGUCCAUGUACCUCAACAACCAGCCGGUAUUCGCAUCGGACGUGAAGACCGGGAGCGACUUGAGACACAGCUCGAACGCGACCAUGGAGGCAAGAUCGUGCCCGUGUGGCUGGUAGAUGAGGUCGACGAUGGCAAAGACGAAUACGUCGUCAAAGACCAGAAGCGCUGGCGAGACUACGCAGAGCACGAGCUCUACACUCUGUUCCACUACAAGCAAAACGAACCAGAUGACGGCCAUGCUGCCCGGAAGUCGUGGGCAGACUACUAUCGUUUGAACAAGCUCUUUGCAGACAGAAUACUCGAAAUCUACAACCCCGGCGACAUUAUUAUGGUGCACGAUUUCUACUUGCUACUACUCCCAAGCUUGCUCCGACAGCGUCAGCCGAACAUCUACAUUGGCUUCUUCCUCCAUGUCCCCUUCCCUAGCAGCGAGUUCUAUAGAUGUCUCAGCAGGCGCAAGGAGAUCUUGGAAGGUGUGUUGGGCGCGAACAUGCUCGGCUUCCAAUCCUACAGCUAUUCGCGACACUUCUCCUCCUGUUGCACAAGGAUCCUCGGCUUCGAUUCCUCUUCCGCGGGUGUUGAUGCCUAUGGAGCCCAUGUUGCAGUGGAUGUCUUCCCCAUUGGCAUCAACGCAGCUUCGACUCAGCGGCAAGCCUUUGGCGAUCCGGAGAUUCAGGAACGAAUCAACGGUAUCCGUGAGAUGUACCAGGGCAAAAAGAUCAUUGUCGGCCGUGACAGGCUUGACGCUGUUCGAGGAGUUGUUCAAAAGCUUCAGGCUUUCGAGCAGCUAUUCAAGAAAUACCCCGAGUGGAAAGACAAGGUCGUGCUGAUCCAGGUCACAAGUCCCAGUGGUGCUCACACCGACAAAGGCGACGGUGCACAGGAGAAGAUCGUUAAUAGCAUCUCGGACAUUGCAGCUAGAAUCAACGGUGUCUAUGGCUCUCUCGAUUUCACCCCCGUUCGCCACUUCCCACAGUACCUAUCUCGAGAGGAGUACUUCGCGUUGCUACGAAUUGCGGAUAUUGGGCUUAUCACCAGUGUCCGUGAUGGUAUGAGCACAACGAGUAUGGAGUACGUGAUUUGCCAAAAGGACAACCAUGGUCCUCUGAUUCUUUCCGAGUUCUCAGGUACUGCAGGGUCUCUUGUUGGAGCGUCACACAUCAACCCUUGGGACCUGGGCGGCGUCGCUGAAGCUAUCAACGAGGCUUUGAAGAUGAGCCCGGAAGAGCGUAAGAAUCAGCACGAGAAGCUUUACGCGCAUGUCGUUGCCAACAACGUGCAAUCCUGGACCAACAACUACUUGAAGAGGCUCAUGACUAAUUUGUCUUCUUUUGAUCAAUCCUUUGCCACGCCGGCAUUGGACCGGGCCAAACUGCUUUACCAGUACCGACAGGCGAAGAAACGACUCUUCAUGUUUGACUACGACGGUACUUUGACUCCGAUUGUCAAAGAUCCCCAGUCGGCUAUUCCCUCCGAUAGGGUCAUCCGCACCUUGAAGACUUUGGCAGCAGACCCUAACAACUCGGUUUGGAUCAUUAGUGGCAGGGAUCAGGCAUUCUUGGACGAAUGGAUGGGUCACAUCUCCGAACUUGGUCUAAGUGCUGAGCACGGCAGCUUCAUGCGAAAUCCACGAAGCGAAGACUGGGAGAACCUAACGGAGAAGGAAGAUAUGAGCUGGCAGUCUGAAGUCAUCGACGUCUUCCAGCACUACACCGAGAGAACGCAAGGGUCAUUCAUCGAACGCAAGAAGAUUGCUCUUACGUGGCAUUAUCGCAGAGCUGACCCAGAAUACGGUGCGUUCCAGGCACGUGAAUGCCAAAAGCAGUUGGAGAGGACUGUGGCAAAGAAAUACGAUGUCGAGGUCAUGACGGGCAAGGCCAACCUCGAAGUCCGCCCUAGAUUCGUCAACAAGGGCGAGAUUGCAAAGAGGCUUGUGCUUGAGUACGGCGAAGAGCCACCCGAGUUUGUUCUAUGCUUGGGUGAUGAUUUUACAGAUGAAGAUAUGUUCCGCUCGCUGCGACAGUCCAAGUUGCCAACAGAUCACGUCUUCUCGGUGACGGUCGGCGCCAGUUCCAAGCAGACACUGGCCAGCUGGCAUCUCGUGGAGCCUUCCGACGUCAUUUCCGUCGUCUCGUUACUGAAUGGUUCUGCUGACGCUGGAAGUGCUGGAAUCGUGGCAGGCGAAGAUAUGGUGGUUCCCGAGCCGCGAGGUUAG